CCCCCCGCCCCCUGCCUCCCACUUUCCCACUUGUGGACAUGAGCCGAAGCAACAACAACGACAGCUCCUACCGGGAGUUCGUGUAUGGCACUAUCCCCUCCACCGAGCAUGAGAGCACGGCGGAGCUCCCGAUCCCCGACACCAGCGCCUUCCGCGAGGAGUUCCCAGAGGACUCACCUGCCCAUGGGCGCCUUACCCAGUCCAUGGCCAUGAAUGGCCUGAUGAUGGGCCAGAUCAAGAAGGAGAUCCGCCUAAACGCUCGUGCCUCCUGCCUCGAGCUGACCAAGGAGGCCGAUGAUUGCCUCUUCACUCUGGGUUGCUCGUUCUUUUCCUUCCUGAAGAAGUCCCGCCUGGCCAGCGAGUGCAUCGAGUCUUACUACAAUGAGGCCCUGGACAAUGUCAUGCAGCACAUUGCCGACAACUCCAACGUCCGCACGGACCAGCUUCUCAAGCAAAUUGACAAGGAUCGUCGUGUCAAGACCGAGGAGUUCAAGAAGGUGUUCCAUGCUCCGGCACCGAGUCCCUCCGUGCCUGCUGCCGCCUCCGAGUAGGUGCUCGCCUGGGUGUGACUCUCUCUCUCUCUCUCCCCCGGUCCCGUCCAGGGCCAUGCUCUCUUCUCUCUCAUCUCUGCCCUUGGGCGCAGCAAAGUCGCUCACCUGGCAGGCGGACCCCC